ACACCCCCGUCCUCCCAACUGCCCCAGCAUUCAUUCUCUACUUUGCUAGUAGCUUCAACCGCACACCAUCGCUAUUGUUCUUCCUCUGCAAUUUUCUGCCUCGCAUUCUUCUUCUUCACGCGGGGGGUGGACACCAGGCUUCGCUUGGAGCCGCGGUUAGACAAGCUUAGAUCUGCCCUCUACGAGGCCGAGGAUAUCUUAGAUAGUGUCGAAUAUCAGUGUCUCAAGAAGAAGAUCCAAGAUACCAAGUCAGAAAGCAGCAUGGCUCCACUAAGUCCAUUUAAGAUGUAUAUUCUGAUGAAGAAUCUCCAGUCUUCCAUGCCGAGCUCUCCCCUAAAAGAUAUGGACACUGGGUUGCCAAAAGUGGAAUUGAAGAAAAGCCUAGAGAAGAUAGAAAGUGCUAUAAAUGAUGCAUGUAAAGUUUUGAAACAACUGAACUUGCCAAGUGUAAGUAAUGAUAAUGGGAGACCUGCCGUUGCUACCAGUUCACGUAGUGCAGGCAUUAGUCCUCUGCUACGAGUAAUUGGUCGAGAUCAGGAUCAUGACAAGAUCAUAGCAAUGCUUCAUGAGAAGGAAAACCGGUGUCAUGCAAACACCAUCAGUGGUACAUGUCAUUCUGUAAUAGGCAUUCAUGGAAUCGCCGGGUCUGGGAAAUCAACACUUGCACGGUGUGUUUAUGAUCAUGAGAAAAAGCAGAAGCGGGAGAAUAAGGAAGGCCAUUUCGAGAUUGUCAUCUGGGUUCACGUUUCACAGAAAUUUGACUUGGAUUCCAUUUUCAGGGACAUAUUUGAGGGGGCUACAGGGAAAAAAUGCCCAAAAUUAAACAGUCUUCACACCCUAAAGGAGAAACUGGAGGAGGUACUGCUUGGGAAACGGAUAUUGUUGAUACUUGAUGAUGUCUGGUACAACAGUAGGAAUUCGGAAGACCAUGAAGAACUACAAAAGUUAAUUUCUCCGCUGAAUGUUGGAAAGGCAGGAAGCAUAAUUUUGGUGACUAGUCGAACUGAAGAUGCAUUAUUAGCUCUGGGUGCUGUUCAAGAGAGAUGCAUUCCAAUAUCUGACCUGGAUGAUGAAAUGUUCCUUGAAAUGUUCAUGUAUUAUGCACUUGGAGAUGCAAGGGUAGGUGACCAUGAUCGAACAAAACUUGAAAUGAUUGGGAAGGACAUUGCGACAAAGCUGAAGAGAUCGCCUCUAGUCGCCAGAACAGUGGGUGCACGGCUCCGUAAAAACCCAAAAGUUGAGAUUUGGAUGAGAGAGAAGGAUCGGGACCUUAUUAAAGAGACGAUGGGAGCUUUGUGGUGGAGCUACCAGUAUCUUGAUGAGCAGGUUAGGCGAUGCUUCGCUUAUUGCAGUAUUUUUCCAAGACGACAUCGUUUGAAACGUGAUGAGUUAGUUAAGUUGUGAGUGGCAGAAGGGUUUAUAAAGACUAGUAAACCUGAAGAGGAAAUGGAAGAUGUUGCUGAGGAAUACUUUGACGAAUUGUUGUCGGCCUCAUUUCUACAAAUUGGAGGGAAAGAAAGGGUACCUGCACAUGACCGUGUGGUUGAUUACUUUACAAUUCAUGAUCUGCUCUGUGAUUUAGCGGAGGAGGUUGCCGGAAGAGAUUGCUUCAGGAUCGAGAAAGGCUUCAUAGGAGAAGUUCCUCAAGAUGUUCGCUAUCUUUUUGUUGGGACUUAUGAUAGAGAGAUGCUUACUAAGAAGAUACCAGGAUUGCAAAAUUUACGCACUCUCAUCAUUGAUGGCAUGAUAAAGGUUCAAUCAAACGCGCGCGCUGUCUUUAGGAGUUUUUUCAUUAUGUUCACGGGGCUGUCGAAAUUGCGGGUACUUAACGUUUCUGUGGCAUUGGUCUUAGUAUGUUCUCAUUCCCAGAUUCCAUUGGCAAGUUGAAGCAUCUGCGUUAUUUUGCUUUUCGGGUGCCUCAAAUUACCAAGCUAAAUUUACCGGCCGCUUUUACCAAACUUUACCACAUGCAGGUGGUAGAUUUUGGUCUUUGCAUUAAUUUGGCGUUCCGUUGUGGUGAAGAUAUGAUGAACCUUGUCAACUUGCGGUGCGUAAUCAGCAAGGCAGAUCUGGCAUUUCCAAACAUUGGCAGGCUGACAUGGCUCCAUAUCUUACCAUUCUUCACAAUAAAGAGGAUACAUGGGUAUGAGUCACAUCAGUUGAAACACCUAAACAAACUUCAAGGCAAGCUGCAGAUCCAUGGUAUUGAGCAUGUUAAGACUAAGGAAGAGGCUGUUGAAAUCAAUCUUGCUGGCAAGGAAAGACUCACAGAACUAGUACUGGUGUGGGAUCAUGAUCACUUUCGCAUUCCAGAACCAGAGGUUCAAGCAGAGGUACUUGAGGGCCUUUGCCCUUGGAAGUAUCUUGAAAGACUAGAAAUCCGGAAUUACCAAGGUAGGAAGAUACCGAGUUGGCUGAUGGGUAAGCAUAAAGUCUGCCCAAAGAACCUGCAAGAGCUUAAGUUCAGCAGAUGCAGCUGGGAUGCCUUGCCGGGUAAUACAGAGCACCUCACGUUACUCAAGAAUGCGAUAUAUAGAGAUCGGUGAUUCAAUUUGGCAACAGAUUGAGCAAUUCCACAGAAAAUAAUUGGAAGUUACUGAAAAAGGUUCGUACGGAAGGUACAUAUUUGAUUUCCUUCUAUGUCUUCCUUUUCUAGUUUUUGUGUUCAGUAAAUGGUAUUGCAACUAUUAGCCGUUGAUAUUGCUGUUACGUUUCUGAUUCGUUUGCAAACUGUCAGCCAUGUGCUUAUUGCCGAGGACGGAAGCUGAAGGAGAUGGGCUGCCAAAUCUACAGGCUCUUUUUUUUUCCGUUGGUUUUUACAUGCUUGGUUUGUUGAUUCUUGUGUAUUUGCUUGCUUGUGAAGCGGUGUGGACAGUGCAGAAUGUCAUGUCUGCGCAGCGGGAACAAGCAAAGCAGCUGCGACUUGUCUGUCUGCCUCAACUUGGCGGUUGACAGACAAACAAACAAGGCUCAACCAAAGUUGGCACUAAAUCUGUAGACUCUGGUGUGGUAAAAUGGGAGUUCCAUGUGCCAGAGUUUACUGCUGGUGAUGUCAUGGGCGCUAUGCACCAACUUGUCACCCUAAAAAAAUGAAAAUACUUGG